GGCAACAAUAGGAAACGUCAAAAACUCGGACAGUCGGCGGUUCUGGCUCUCGCGGCUCGAGGCGCUCUGCGCUCGGAGUCUGGCGCUGCGUCUGGCACUGUCACCGCCGUCACCUCCCCCGGCGCGAAGAAGUCAAGUUUUGAGCCGGCGUCUUCAUGGCCGGGGCCCCGGUUCCCGGCUGAGCCCUUUUCUUUUUGGCGGAGAGCCCCCGCCCGGAGGCCGAUUCGUCGCGGCGGCGGUCGCCCAGGCUUGCAGAUGGGUCAGGGGCUGUGGAGAGUGGCCAGAAACCAGCAGCUACAACAGGAAGGCUGUAGUGAACAAGGCUACCUCACCAGAGAACAGAGCAGGAGGAUGGCUGCGGGCAGCAUUUCUAGUACCAGUCAUCGUAAACAGGUCCAAGGAGGCAUUGACAUAUAUCAUCUUUUGAAGGCAAGGAAAUCUAAAGAACAAGAAGGAUUCAUUAAUUUGGAAAUGCUGCCUCCAGAGCUAAGCUUUACCAUCUUGUCCUACCUGAAUGCAACUGACCUCUGCUUGGCUUCAUGUGUUUGGCAGGACCUCGCCAAUGAUGAACUUCUCUGGCAAGGGUUGUGUAAGUCCACUUGGGGUCACUGUUCCAUAUACAAUAAGAACCCACCUUUAGGAUUUUCUUUUCGAAAACUGUACAUGCAGCUAGAUGAAGGCAGCCUCACUUUUAAUGCCAACCCAGAGGAGGGAGUGAACUACUUUAUGUCCAAGGGUAUCCUGGAUGAUUCUCCAAAGGAAAUAGCAAAGUUUAUAUUCUGUACAAGAACACUAAAUUGGAAAAAACUGAGAAUCUAUCUUGAUGAAAGGAGAGAUGUCUUGGAUGACCUUGUAACAUUGCAUAACUUUAGAAAUCAAUUCUUGCCAAAUGCACUGAGAGAAUUUUUUCGUCAUAUUCAUGCCCCCGAGGAGCGUGGGGAGUAUCUUGAAACUCUUAUAACAAAGUUUUCACAUAGGUUCUGUGUUUGUAAUCCUGAUUUAAUGCGAGAACUUGGCCUUAGCCCUGAUGCUGUCUAUGUACUGUGCUACUCUUUGAUUCUACUUUCCAUUGACCUCACUAGCCCUCAUGUGAAGAAUAAAAUGUCAAAAAGAGAGUUCAUUCGAAAUACCCGUCGCGCUGCUCAAAACAUUAGUGAGGAUUUCGUAGGGCACCUUUAUGACAACAUCUACCUUAUUGGCCAUGUGGCUGCAUAGAAGCACAGUAGCUAGGACUUCACUUUUACUUCUGACUAAAGCCACCCAAGGACUGAUUCAACAGAUGCGGGGCUACACCAGUGCUGGUCAUUCUAGGUCAUUCUAGCCUAUGCAUACAAUCAAGCUGAAAUGGACAACCUUUGUUUCUUUUGCCAUUUCCUUUUUUUAGUAACUUCCUUGGGAAAUUAAAUAAUUUUGCAGAAUUUUUCCUUAUUUUGUUUAUCAUGUUUUGCGCAAAGCAGAGCCAUUGUCUGACACAGCUGUUAAAGAAUGUUAAACUGACAUUAAGCUCUUGCAUUUGAUUUGCCUGAAAACCUUAUUUCCAUUCUUUUUAAAAAUGCCAUGUAAUGUGUACAUAUUUAACUAAAGAGAUUUAUAAUCAUAAUUAUUUUAUUGUAAAGAUUUUAACUAAAGUUUUUCCUUUUCUCUCAAA